GACAGUGGCUCUGUGCAGGCUGCAGGAUAAACAUGUACAGGAAUUAUCUGUGGAGAUAAGAGGCAGAACAUCUGGACCGGGACGGAGCUAAGCAGCAAGCCACAGGAGGCUCUUCUAGAGGCAUGGCUACGGUCGGACAAAUCAUUUUUUUCACCAUAGUGACCCUCAAUGUCCUGUUAGCAGCCUUCAUCAUCCUCAUCUUGUCCCUGGCCUUCUCAAAAUCCACGUCCAAGGUGAUGAGCAGCAACACCAAACCGGUCGCCAAACUCGGCGAGGACCAGAUUCUCAGCUGCUAUGUUUCUGCAGAAAGUCAACCAAACAGGCUGGGUAAAGUGUCGGUCAGCUGGGAGAAAACGGAUCUGGGAACGGUUUAUCGUUACCAGAACGGAGCUCCGGCUCUUGAUGGGCAAGCUUCGGGGUUCAAAGGCAGAACUCAGGUCUUCCCUGACGUUGUCGCCACCGGUAACGCCUCUCUGCUGCUGCGGAGCGUGAGAAGCAGUGACGAGGGAGAGUACACCUGCACCGUUAGGUCCUCUGUGGGACGAGGGACAGUCAGCAUUCAGCUCCGGACAGCAGUCUUUUCGGUGCCCACACUGAAGUUCUCUAACAACACCCUGACCUCUGAGGCGAGCAGCUGGUUUCCUAAACCAGCUGUUAUGUGGCUGAACCAAACCGGGAACGAACUGAAAGCAAACACAAGUUUCACUGAACGCUCACCAGGGAUUUACAGUAUCCUGAGCACUCUACAGUCAGCGAAGGUCAGCGAGACCUACAGCUGCAGGAUCGAAAACAACUUAGUGGUGGCAGUCACCGAAACAACUAUAACAGGCUCUGGUGUUUUGGGAAGGACAUUCUUCACCUUCAGUGUCGCUUCAACGCAGCUUGUAUCGUUUUAUCUAAAUGUUAUUACCAGUGUCCUAUGCUUGUUUUAUGUGGUGUAGGUAAAUACAACCUUAUUAUCUUUGCUUUAAAAUCGUUGUCAAAUAUUGUCUAUGUACUCAAGAACAGAGUAAGUGAUGCAGUUUAUUUAAGUAGCGGUUACUAAAGUUUAGCUGUCCGUUUUUAUUGUAAUAUAUGUCAUGGAAUAUUGUGCUGGUUAUUAUAUAUACAUGUAAAUAAUUGUUUUUAUCUGUAUUGUAACUGAUGACAAGAAAAUUAUUUAGACGUCUA